AACCCUGAAGCAGUGUUUUGAAGUCUGCUCGACAGACUAAUAAUAAGCAAAUAUUGGUUUUGCUAUUUAUGCCUUUAUAAACAUCAUUAGAAAAUUAUAGGCCGCAUAUAACGUAUCUCUGCCUUGAACACCCACUAUGGUUAUUACUAAUGAUAUCACUUUGCCUACGGAUGAAGAGCUGACGGUGCAGGAGUUGAAUUUGUCGACUUCAUCACUCAAAGCUGGUGCAUUCCAUUUGGGAAAGCAGUGCGAAAAUCAGAAUAAUGAGUUUAUGUUGUGUCGGCAAGAGCUAGAUGAUCCGCGGGCAUGCAUAAAUGAAGGAAAAGCCGUAACAAGCUGUGCUUUGGAUUUCUUCCGGAAAGUGAAAAAGACGUGCCACGAAGAAUUCUUGCAAUAUGCUACUUGUUUGGAUAAAAGUAGUGGUAAUAUGGCGUUUGGACAUUGCCGAAAAACUCAAGGCGUGUUUGACAAAUGUAUAUCUGAUAAUUUAGGUAUUGAGCGCCCAGACUACGGGUAUUUCACUCGAGCAAAGAUUCAUUCAACCACUCGCGAGGCACCUCCUAAACCCGAAAAGAAAGUAUACCCCGACGCUACACCUGGUCUACCGGAUGAUUACCCCAGGCCACCAGCCAAGUAUGGAGCUCGUUUCCACUGGCUGGAAUAAAUUGCAUAUGUAAAUAAUAAAAUAAUCGGAAAAGCAAAGCAUAUCUGUAUAUUUGAAGUUGUAAUGCUUUUAGAAAAUACAGUGCGAAAUUGAGUGAAACAUUUUAA